AUGUCCGACGACGAGAACAUUUCCAUCUACGAUGAGAUCGAGAUCGAGGACAUGACCUUUGACGAGGCUCUCGGCGUCUACCACUACCCCUGCCCUUGCGGCGACAAGUUUCAGAUCGCCCUCGACGACCUGCUGGACGAGCAGGACAUUGCUGUGUGUCCCAGCUGCAGCCUCAUGAUCCGUGUCAUCUUUGACUUGGAUGACCUACCCAAGCCUCCUACUUCGGGCCCCUCGGGCGGCCAGAUCCCCAUUGCCGCCUAA